AGAGAAGUGACUGGUUAAAACGCAUUGCCCUGCAUGACCGAAUGCUGUCUCAUGGCAUUUGGCUUCUUCUUCUGUGCUGGAGUUCAGUAGCGGAAGACGAUGAGGUCUACCUUCAGAAUUGCUACCGCCUGAUGGAUAGCCAGCUCCGACACAGUCACAUCCAAGACCACUCUUGCCAACAGAAAAUUGCAGGUAUCUACUGCGCGCGAUCAAUGGAAGUGGAACAACCUCAAAUCUUCCAGGGACAGUGUAGGCAGCCUGCUGCUGCUGAUAUUCAAAGCACUGAGAUGGUCUACCGGGACUUCCAGUCGAUCUCUUUAGCGGUGCUUGUUCUGGCAGCAUAUCAAAGUCAGCUGCCGGUGAUCAAAGAGCUCGUCACCUCUUUGUGGCAUUCAAGACACAGCUUUCUUAUUCAUGUCGACCAGAAGUUUCCAGUAUUGCAUGCAAGCGCAAAAGAUUGGGCAAAGGGCUUCGACAACAUAUACGUGCGUUCAGAGGUCUCCGUGAAGCGUAGUGGAGCAUCUCUGUUGGCAGCGGAGAUUUACGGCAUCACUGAGUUGCUGUCUUUAUCAAAAAGUUGGCACUACUUCAUCUUGCUCUCAGACAGUGACCAGCUAGUCCGGAUCUCAUUGAAGAAGGGACGUGGCAGAGUGUCGCAGUUGGCCUUUGCUGGCAUUUGUUCUUGUCCAAAAUC